GGCGAUUGGAUGUUGCUUAGUAGCGGCGGGGUAUAUGGUAUAGCGGUGGUGAGUGAUUAGUUAAUCGGAGUGAGAUCGGAGGUCUGUAAUGAUGCUUGAGCUGGUGGAAGAUGAGGCCCGCCUGCUGGACCUUCUGUCCCUGCUCAUGGUUCUGAUGGGACUCUUAUCAUUUGCAUUACUGAGGUGUAUCCGUGUGCCUUAUGGGCGCUAUGCCAGCUCGGCGUUUGGGCCGCCGGUUCCUGUGAGGUUGGCUUGGUUUAUCCAAGAGCUGCCAUCCUUGGCUGUGCCCUUGUAUUAUGUGUCAGUACAUCCUGAUCUACCGACACCCGCCCUACUCCUGAUGGGACUCUUCAUCUGUCACUACAUGCAUCGGACACUCAUUUUUCCGGUUUUGAUUCGUGGAGGAAAGCCUACACCGCUCCUUCCCUUUGCUCUUGCAUUCAUUUUCUGUUGUUAUAAUGGAUACUUACAAAGCAGUUACUUGUGCAAGCAUUCUACAUUCCCCUCUGGUUGGACACAUGACCCACGAUUUAUUGCAGGUUUGGCACUGUUUUUCUGUGGAAUGUCUAUUAAUAUUUAUUCCGACCACAUACUACGGAAUUUGAGAAAACCUGGGGAGUCGGGCUACAAAAUACCCCAUGGCGGAUUGUUUGAUUAUGUCUCUGGUGCAAAUUUCUUUGGUGAAAUUGCUGAAUGGACAGGAUUUGCAGUAGCUGGCUGGUCCACACCUGGAUCUGCUUUUGCCAUAUUCACAUUGCUGGUUCUCUUAUCCCGUGCACAGCAGCAUCAUCAAUGGUAUCUUGAGAAAUUUGACAACUAUCCCAAAUCGCGAAAAAAUCCUUAUACCGUUUCUGUAUUAAACCCGGGUGCAGCAGGAAGUUUAUGAGGAGUCCGGACCAUUUACCUCGAUUUUAUACUUUUGUUAUAGACAUUUUGUUUUUCAAAUCUUGAAAAUUUGUCUUCCUCUUUUUUUGAAAAGUUUGUAUUUAUAACAGAAAUGUAUUGAAUUCUUAUAGUGUUUUAACCUCUCUGAAUAAUUUUGCUUUGGUGCUAUGGAGUUUUGUUUCAGCUUCACCUGAAGUUUCUUUACCUCAUGACUCCACUUCAUGUGUUUUACAAGUUUAUUACUUGACAGGUUUACGGGUGAAUAACGUUUCUGUUUAAAAAAAAUGUUUAGGGAUUGUUUUCUCUCUUAUUUUUAUUUUUGUUUUAUCUUUUGUGUACGCAAGCUACAACCGAUGCACAAGUUAUGAAUCUCCAUCUGCAAAAAAUAAAAUAAAAAAGACACUACAAAAUAUCUGAGAAUAAAAUGAUAAACUGCCCUCUGGAGCAGGAAUUUCAAAA